CGUGGGUUUGUGGAGAUCGCGAACCGUCACGAGUAUCGUCGGUACUUUCGCGUUCACAGCUGCUUCUGAAGAACACCGGGUCCUGCGCGCGUCUCAUCAUGAUCCCCAAAUCAAACCUCUGCUGUUUUAUUCUCUCUUCUGUGUUUAUGUGCUUGUCUGCGCAAUAUGUCCCACCGUUCACAGAAGAGUGCAGAAGUGACAUGUAUCCUCCAAACGGCCCAACAUUUAAUGGUGAUGUGUCCUGGUACACAGUUAAUCUGGAUUUACCACCAAGCAAAAGAUGGACAGAUGUCAUUACAGACAAAAAGAACGAUAUGGUGAGUAUGAUUCAGGCCAUCAGAGAUCUAGCAGACGCCUUUGUUCCCAGUGGAAAGCUCAUCGAUCUCGUAGAUAAGGAUUUGCCCUUGAUGGUGGACACCCUGCCUUACCCGUUCAAUGAGGAGAUCAGAGGAAUCGCGUCAGUGUCUGGUGUUUCUUUGGGUGAGGUGGUGCUCUUCAACAUAUUUUAUGAGGUGUUCACCGUGUGCACGUCUCUGGUUGCAGAGGAUGUCAAUGGCAAUCUAAUCCAUGCAAGGAACCUGGACUUUGGUCUUUUCAUGGGAUGGGAUUUGAAGAACAGGCCGUGGAUCAUCACUGAGAAGCUGAAGCCACUGGUUGUUAACAUUGACUUCAGACGCAACAACCAGACUGUCUUUAAAUCAACUAACUUUGCAGGAUACGUGGGCAUGCUGACCGGGAUUCAUCCACACUCAUUCACCCUCACUAUGAAUGAAUAUAUACUUAUUUUAUUUGCUCAGAUCUUUGGUAGAUGCAUGUUAGUUUUAUUGUGACUUGUGAUGUGAAUUACAGGGAUUCUGGAGUGGAUCUUGGGGAAGAGAGAUGGCAUGUGGAUGAGUUUUUUGACUCGUUCUGUCCUGGAGAAUGCAACUAGCUAUGAAAGUGCCAAGGCUCUUUUGACUGACACGAAGCUGCUGGCUCCAGCGUACUUCAUCCUCGGAGGAAACCAGCCGGGUCAAGCCUGCAUUAUCACCAGAUCCAGAACACACAGCAUCAGUCCACUGGAGCUUGAUGUGAAGAAUGGCAGGUGGUAUGUUUUGGAGACGAACUAUGACCACUGGAAAGAGCCUCUGUUUCUGGAUGACCGCAGAACUCCUGCUAUGAAAUGCAUGAAUCAGACCACACAGGCUGAUAUCUCCAUAAAGACGGUCUAUGAUGUGCUGUCCACCAAGCCAGUCUUAAAUCAAUUGACCACAUACACUACUCUUAUGGAGGUGUCUAAGGGAACAUUGGGGUCUUAUAUCCGUGACUGUCCUAACCCCUGCAUGCCGUGGUGAGGGACUCCACCUGGACAAGCUGCAUUACCGUGACGGUCUUCUGUAAUUCAUAUUUUAGCGGUUUAAAAUUGUUAAUCUUACAUUUAAAAAGGUUUGCAGUGUCUGCUUUUGAAAUGAACAUGGGCAUUGUUGGGUUUAAUCAAGCUUAAACUGUCAAACAGGUACAGUAGGGCAGCCUACUUAACACUCGUCUAAAGAUGCAUAUAUUGAAACAAAAAUAACUGCACUGAGAGUUUAUAUUAUGUGUGACAGAUUAUAGAAAAUAUUUUUUCAGUCAAAUUUUUGUGAAUGUGACUGACAUGUUAGUGUUGUUUUUUAUUUGUAUUUUUUGUAACCACAUACUAGAACACGGAAAUGUGCACAGUGGAACAACUUGAUAAUUAACCUCAUCAGCCCUGUUAACUAACAAAUGCAUGAGGGGAAAAUGAUCAACCAAAAGAAACAAAUGUACAUAAGUUGUACUCUUAAGCAGUAGACAACUUUACACAACUAACAUCAAUAAAUCAUGGAGAUACAGUA